CUGACAACCGGGGGACGCCCAGUGCCGAGGACAGCGCUCCCGGCGUGCCCCGCGCGGCGAGGCGCCGGAAGUGAGUGAGCAUUUCCGGCAGCCGUCCCCGCGGCGCGGACUUCUCGGUGGCAGCGCCGUUUUGGCUUCUUUCGCCGUCAUGAAGGAUGUGCCAGGCUUCCUCCAGCAGAGCCAGAGCUCGGGGCCCGGCGAGGCCGCCGUGUGGCACCGCCUGGAGGAGCUCUACACGAAGAAGUUGUGGCAUCAGCUGACACUGCAGGUGCUGGACUUUGUGCAGGACCCGUGCUUUGCCCAAGGAGAUGGUCUUAUUAAGCUUUACGAAAACUUCAUCAGUGACUUCGAGCACAGGGUGAACCCCCUGUCCCUGGUGGAGAUCAUCCUCCACGUGGUCAGACAGAUGACGGAUCCUAACGUGGCUCUUACUUUUCUGGAGAAGACGCGUGAGAAGGUGAAGAGCAGUGACGAGGCCGUGAUCUUGUGUAAAACUGCCAUCGGAGCCCUGAAGUUGAACAUCGGGGACCUACAGGUCACAAAGGAAACCAUCGGAGAUGUCGAAGAAAUGCUCAACAACCUGCCAGGCGUGACGUCGGUGCACAGCCGCUUCUACGACCUCUCCAGCAAGUACUACCAGACCAUCGGCAACCACGCCUCCUACUACAAGGACGCGCUGCGCUUCCUGGGCUGCGUCGACAUCAAGGACCUGCCAGUGCCGGAGCAGCAGGAGAGAGCCUUCACGCUGGGCCUGGCGGGACUUCUCGGCGAGGGAGUGUUUAACUUCGGAGAACUGCUCAUGCACCCUGUGCUGGAGUCGCUGAGGGGCACUGACCGGCAGUGGCUGAUCGACACCCUGUAUGCCUUCAACAGCGGCAACGUGGAGCAGUUCCAGACGCUGAAGGCCGCCUGGGGCCAGCAGCCUGAUCUUGCGGCCAACGAGGCUCAGCUUCUGAGGAAAAUCCAGCUGCUCUGCCUCAUGGAGAUGACUUUCACACGACCUGCCAAUCACAGACAACUCACUUUUGAAGAAAUUGCCAAAAGUUCUAAGAUCAGCGUGAACGAGGUGGAGCUGCUGGUGAUGAAGGCGCUGUCGGUGGGGCUGGUGAAAGGCAGCAUCGACGAGGUGGACGCGCGGGUCCACAUGACCUGGGUGCAGCCCCGUGUGCUGGAUCUGCAGCAGAUCCAGGGCAUGAAGGAGCGCCUGGAGUCCUGGUGCACGGACGUCAAGAGCAUGGAGAUGCUGGUGGAGCACCAGGCACACGACGUCCUCACCUAGUGCCUCCCGCGGCCAUCCCCCCAGGCUCCCCGCCGAGGCGGGCUUUGCUGGGCAGGACGUUCUUCCUGGGAAAGGCCCCGUGGUGUCUCCUGACCGCAGUGAGGGUGGGGCCCGCUGGUUGGAGGGUGGGCCCUGCGUAUGGCACCGCUCCAGGUCGAUCUGCCCCCCCCACCCCCCCCACCCCGUGUGAGCGCAUUCCCAGGUGGCCCAAGGGCCCUGCAAUAAAAGCCGCUGCCGUGUC